AUGCCCUGCGGGAGCAGAGAUGGGCAUGCAGCCUCCACAGCGGUGCCGACGGAGCGUGGAGAUGCGGGAGCGCUGACGGCCCAGCGAGGCACCUGGAUUAACAUGGCCAGCAUCCCACCUGCCACGAACGCCUUCCCCAACUCGUCCUUCCCGCCCAUCCCCUCCCCACCCUGCCCGGCGUCGUCGAACGGGAGCUCACCCAGCCUGGACGUGCCCUACUUCCUGACGGAGACCGCCACGGCGGUGCUGUCCGUCGCGGGCAACCUCUUCAUCUGCACGGUCAUCCUGCGCGACAGGAAGCUGCGCGCCGUGGUGACCAACCACUUCCUGGUCUCGCUGGCGGCGGCCGACGUCCUGGUGGGGGCCGUGGCCAUCCCCUGUGCCCAGAUGGCGGACGCGGGGCUGCCGCGGGGCCACCCGACUCUGUGCUUGCUAAUGCUUUGCACACUGCUGAUCUUCACGCAGGCCUCGGUCCUCGGCCUGUUGGCCAUCGCGGUGGAGCGGUACAUCUCCAUCCUCAAACCCUUCCAGUAUCCGUCCCUCAUGAGCCCCCAGAACUCACUCGUGGUCAUCCUGGGCAGCUGGGUGCUGGCCACCUUCACUGGGGCGCUACCCCUCAUGGGCUGGCAUAAACCCUUCCCGCCCGACGGCCAGUGCACCUUCAAUGCCUUCAUCGAGGACACCUACAAGGUCUAUUUCAACUUUGUGGCCUGCAUGCUGGUGCCGCUGGCCGCCAUGCUGGUCCUCUACGGCCGCAUCUUCCUGGAGGCCAAGCGGCAGAUCCGCAAGGUGGCCGAGCGGGAGGUGGACGUGAGCCGGCACGCCCGGCGCCGCCGCAUCCUGCACAAGGAGCUGAGGCUGGCCACCUCGCUCUUUAUCGUCCUCUUCUGCUUCGCCCUCUGCUGGCUGCCCCUCCACGUCAUCAACACCCUCCAGCUCGUCUGCCCCGGCUGCCCCGUCCCCAGCCCGUUGGUGCUGGCGACCAUCGUCCUGUCCCACGCCAACUCCGCCAUCAACCCCGUGGUGUACGUCUUCCGCAUGCGCUCCUUCCGCCAGGCCUUCACGGCCGCCUUCUGCGCCUGGCACCCCCUGCCCGCCUCCGCCCCGGGCAAGUUCUCCGCCUCCGGUCUCACGCCGUCCAAUAGGCUAGAGUUGGCCAGCCGCAACAGCCCUCUGCCAGGGAAGUGA